AUGGAAUUGCGUUUAUGUAGUCCACAGGAGAAAGGACCAAUUACUAUUAUUCCACUGGGAAUAGGGGAUACAAUUGAUGAUUCCAGAGCACUUGAUGGCUUAGAUUAUUCCGGGGACACAAAGAAGGCUAUGAUAUCUUUAAAUGAAGGUGAGAUAUACUACCAUUGCACGCUGUAAUAUAUGAUUAACAUGCCAAGUAAGAGCCUUGAUGCUAUUAUUUAAACAUAUUUUUCCAAGAUCCAUGAAGGAUGAAAAUAGUAGAAUCCAAAGAUGAAAUCUAUCCAGUCAAGGGAAAGGGUCCCGUUUGUGUGUGACUGGAAAGUUGUUACUUUUCUGUUAUCUCAUUUCCGUGAACGCUCUUUUGGUGAAAAACAUACAAAGCUCCAGUUCGUUUUGUAGAUUUUCUUGCUCUAAUGGCUGUUGUCGCCAGGUUAUCCACCACAGAAUUUUCGUCAGUCUGCACUGUCCAUCUAAAGUAGGGACCAUGAUAUAUUGUCAAAGACUCGGCCCAGCAUCCUUUGCUAGAAUAAGACCUCUCGCAGUCCCGAGUUCAUGAAGUUUUCUUCUCAUGUAAUAUUAGAUAAAGGGAUAUAAUUCUAUUGAAUCUAUUUUUUUCAUCUCAACAUCAUAAAGGUCACUUAAAUACUAACUUAGAGCUGUUACUAUGUCUACAGUGUAGUACCAUGAAAACAUCCAGAAGUACACAGUAUAGGAGCGUUUGAUGGACGGAUGUACAGCUGUUCUUCCAACAACUAUUGGAAUUUACUGAGAUACAGCUUAAACUCCUGGCUGUAUCUAUAUUGUGUGAACGAACCCUAUUCUUCUUGUCCUAUGUAUUUUUAAUGGCUAAAUUUGAAGUGUUUGCCUUGUUUAUGAAGGUUGGCCAUAUUUGACAAUUUUGGGACAAUUCUUGACGGGGGGAAAACAUAGAUGUAAUAUUUCUAUAACUUUGAAUAGUAAAUUAAAAAAUAAUAGAAAAAAGAAAGUUUAAAGGUAUUUUGACCUAUAAAUCGUCGUAUUUUUUAUUUGAACUUGAUCCCCAUCUGCUGUUCCAUUUUUUUUGAAAUUCAAGCAUUACUGAUUCUGUUUUCUGCCUCUACUUUUCUAAGGUCUUCAACUGCACUUGCUCUUUUAUUUUCAGGAAACUUUAUGAUAUCCCUUAAACCUGAUAUCUCUGGGUUCCCUGAGAAGACUGGGAAAGAGAUUUCAGUAGAUUGGUCAGAAAAUAUGAUGAGUGGAAAGACCGUUGCUUUGUCAGGAGUAUUUGAUAAAUUAAGCUACAGAUUUAAAGAGGUUUUUGGUGUUCCAUCAAUGAAAUCCUCCCUCACUACUGUAUGCUGUCCCCUUAUUGUUGAGGGUCGCCAUGCCUCUCACAUCCAUUUCCUGAUUCAGAUCACUGGAAGAGAUGUGCCUGUCAUAGAAACUUCAAAUGUAGGGAACACAUCUGGGCACGAGACCUCAACGUUCUUAUCUCAAAAGGAAAUUUUUAUAUCUCCAACUGUGCAGGUCUUUAACCUCUUGCAAACUGAAAUACUUGUUGUUCUAACAGAGACAUAUCCUGGUAACUUUUGCAAUGACUUACUUGUAGUUUCAUAUUGGCCGGAAACUAUUGAGAAAUAUAAUACAUAUACAAUACUAUUUUUUUGCAGAUGCAUCCAUUAAGGAUCUUGGUGAUAUUGGAAAGAAUGCAGUUAUUCCUUAUGGUUCAAAUGCUUAUUUUUAUGCGAAUCCAUCGUCGCUAUAUUUUACAAUUACCUUAACUGCGUUGAAUUCUAAAUGCAAGCCAGUGGAUACCAGUGAAUGUGUCAAGAAGCUGCAUAAACAAAAAUAUGAAUCUCAUUUUUUUGAUAUUGAACUGGCUUUUAACAGCGGGAAGCAUUCUGUCUAUCUAAGAUUAUCUUGUGGAGACAAGGGCGUUUUGGAGGUUCUAUUUUUUCCCAUGCAGUGUUAUUCCUUUUAUUACCCUGAUUCAUUUCACAGUUUUAAUAAAUAUUUCUUUCGCAAUGGGCUCUCUUUUUUGGAGAUAUAAAAGGUUUGUAGAAUGAAAUUGGAAGGUCAAUCGUUAUCUAGAUAUAUGCAUUGCCUUCCUUUUCCUGCCAUCUUGUUUUUCUUUUUUAACGUUUACCUUCCACGUUUUAAGAAUGAAUCAUUAUAUUGGGGGCACAAUUUGUCAAGAUAACCCUCCCUUAACCCUAAGCAAAAAAAAAAUUCUGUGCAAGGUGUUUACAUUCAUUUUUGAUAUCUCAGUGAUAAAGCUAAAACUAAUUGGGUUUCAGAUUAGAAAGCCAACCUUAUUCCUAAAAUUAGGAGUUAACUGAAAUAAGAGUCUAUAAUCUAGCCAUUGUCUCAGUGUGAUCAGUGUGAUCAGUGUGAUCAGCCAUUGUCAUCUCUGCUCGAAUUCCACCGUGACUGUUGCCCAUAGGAUUAGCUAUAAAGCUCUUGUCUGGUAGCUUGGUUUGGUUUUAUCACUUAUCCUAGUAUUUGUCCAUUGGCCUCUGUGUUGUUAUUCCAAAUCUUGCUCUUAUCCUCUUAAAAUGCUCUACUCCGUCGUUUUGUAAUAUUCAGAGUAUUAUGUCUUUGCCCUUGCGAUUUCUGUCAAUAGAUCAUGGAGUUUGAUGUUUCACAGAAUGCACGAGUAUAGACGUAUUUUUAAACGUUGUAAAAUUCUGUUUUCAUUCUUAUGUAAUUGAUCCUUUCUUGGUAAUAAUACGCCCAUAUUUUUCUUUGGUCGUUAGUUUACAAAAACAAGGUUGCUAUUCAGGCCCUUUAUCAUUAUCCUUAUUGUGGCCAUGUUUUCUUUACAAGAUGGUGAACUCAAAUUAGAAUUGGGAAUCUAUGAUCUUAGUUAUCGUGGAAAAUCCAGAACCUGCUUACAUAAGAGAAAUUAUGGCCACCGACCCAUGGAUCCCAAUUUCUCUCUCUCCCAUCUUAUAGAUAGAGGGAUAGUUGAUUUUCCCUUUAAGAAAAGAAGAACAGCUCACAGGCUGCAGCUAACAGUGGAAGAAGAGUGGGGGUUACUUACCUUGCAAUUGCCUGCUGACAACUUCUUCAGUGAAUAGUUAAAGGGUAUAUGGGAUCUUCUUGAGAUUAGAGCAACAAAGAGAGCGACUUGGAAAUGAUUGUUAAGAAAAGAGCGUGACAACUUUGAUAUUUAUCCAUACUUCCAAUUAAAGAAAUUCGGUAGUGGAGUAGAUCAUAAGUCCGGAUAGCUUCGAAUUUACCAUUGUAGCUUCUGAUCGGAAGAAAAUGAAAUGCCACUCUGCAUUAUUAAUGAUUCAAUAUUUUGAAAAUUUUGUAGAACAUCCAUGAAGACGAGUUUUUAAUGCUAUAUUGUAGACGAGCUGAGAAGAAAUUAGUUCAAUCUAAUUUACGUGGUGAUUAACUUGGUUAUUGUGCAGGCCACUGUUUUUUCCUCAUUUACAUUGCAGAACAACACGGAACUCUCUUUAUUCUGCUUUACCUUGAGUCAGAAACCUCUCUCUCAGUAAGUGAAAUCUCAUUGCAUCCCAUCCUUCUCAUCAAUCUUAUUUUCUAACACAAUUUUUUGUAGAGAACAAAAUGAAAGAUAUGCUUCAAUCUUUCCUCCCGACCUUGGACUCUUCUUGCCUCCAAACUCCACAAGAUCAUGGAUACUCAAGUAAGAGUUAGAUUCUCUUUCGCACCCGUUUAAUCAUAUCUUUAUAUGGCCACACCUGCGGUCCUCUUUACUCUCGUUUUUUAUAAGUGUGUUCUUUCAUAUACACGUUCUUCAGAUCAAACCGAGUGUAUCUCCGAUUGAAGGAAGAAAAAGCAUCAGAAUCAUUACUUGACUUGGACACAUUAUCAGGUUUUACAGAGCUUAGAUUUGAAUCUUCCAAUGAAGCCAGUGUCAGUCGUAUUGUAAAAGUUGGAGUUUCACUAAAGGCGUGCGAAUCUAAAGAUUUUUUACCGGCACGGAUGGUAACUAUCGUCCCAAGACAUGUAAUCUCAAAUGAAUCCAUGGUACCUAUCGUUAUCCGUCAAUGUGAAGUAGAGGUCUGCUCCAUCUCAUUCACGUAACCUGUUUCAGGUUGAAGGUCCACAUACUUACACUAUAAUGAUGCGUUUCUGUUUGUUCUCUGCUUCACAGACAGAUGCAGAUGGAAUUACACAACUUGAAGCUAAAGAAAAGGCAACCCUUUACAUGCAUCCUAGUAGAAAGAGAAGUACAACAAGCCUCUUUGAUUCAGUGUGCAGAAAACAUAGACACAUUGAUGAAGGUUCACUAGUUUUUAUUCAGUUUCGCUUAAAAGAGACUGAAUACAGUUGGUCAGGUCCAAUAUGUAUUUCUUCUCUGGGUCGUUUCUUCAUCAAAUUUAAAAAGGAACUGACGUACUCCAACAGUGCAUCAAAUGCAAUCACUGCAGUCAAGAGCAGAAUGGCACAGUUUGCAUCUGUCCAUAUAGUGGAGGAAAGCUCCACUCUGGUCUUGCAUUUUCACAUGCCUCCAGAUUUAACUCUGCCUUACCGUAUUGAAAAUGGCUUGCGUGGUGCAUCCAUUACAUUCUACCAAAAGGUUGAUAUCAAUUUUGUUACCAUUUGAUCUUUAUGAACUAACAUAUAUCAAUGCGGUUCUCUAAAUUUAUAAAAUCUCUCAGGAGUCAGGGGAACCGGAGACCCUAGGAGCUGGAGAUUAUGUGGAUUAUGUUUUGGAUGACCAAAACCUGCCUCAUAAACUUGUCGUUCAAAUAUCAGGUAUGAGGUGGCUUCAAUGAUCUUGAAUUUUAAUAUUUUUAGCUUAUUCUAACCUUAUACCGCACUUGUGUGGUGUAUAAACCUGUUGAGUGCUAUUUGGUCUGAUGGUCAAAGUUUUCAGGUAACAUGUACUAAAAUAAAAUCUAGUUCGGGUCCACUCCAAAUGAAGGUUUUGGUGACGGAGCUUUUAGAAAAUUAUUUAUUCUAUCUAGCGUCUUAUUAUGUCCUCUAUAGAUACGACCAUGCAUUUCUGCCAUGAUCUUUCAUGGCUUCUUUCAUGGGUUCUUAUUAUGUCCUUCUUUUAAAUUAUUUUAAAGAGGUACCAAGGAAAUUCCUCAGCUUUAAAAAAGAUAAAAUUGUUCCAAUGUUUUAAACUUUGACUUGCCGGCCAUUGUAGAUGGGAUAUGCGACAAUCAUUCAGAAAACACAUCUUCUUACCUCUAAGCACAACUAAAGGGGUUCUCUUUGACAUUGGAUAUAGAUUUGUGAACAUAAAGCUUGCUUAAUAUCUUCCUUGACUUAUAUUUCUCAUAGGUGUUUUAGUCAUCUGGUUCCAAUUGGAGGAUGAUCGUUGCAUGGUUUGAUUUAGAGUUCAAAUUCUAGUUCAAACUAUUUUAAAACCCUGUUUCAAGGUUCUUAAAUGUCAUAAUCAGUCGCUUACGUGAAGAAAGUAUGUUAAUCGCUGUCCUAAUCUCAGAACAGAAAACAGUUAAUAUUUUCGACAUAAACCAUACAGGGAUAAACAGUCGGAAAAAAUCUCAUUUAGUCUUCAAAUCAUACAACAAUUUCUAGUUAUAGACAAUUACCCACCCUGGCCGCAAGAAAAAAAAACUAUCUAGUCUAAGAAAACUGACAAAAUAGGAAACUUACAAACUCGGAAACUGGCCAACAGAAACUAACUCAUAACUACACGUUUUUCCCACAAAUUUUAGUGUAAUUUCUAAACUAUUAGGAGAUCUAAAAUCUUACCAAAUGGAAGGACAUAAAUUGGCGUCUACAUAUAGAUGUGAACGUUAUACUAUCAGUUUCCUUAGUGAAAUUAAUUCAGCCAUAGCAUAUUUCCAUGUCCAGAAUCAAUUUCAUCUCUUAGAACUAUUAUUUGUAAAAAGUUUCCCAAGAUUCCUGAAUUUACUUGAUGGGAGUUAUGUUCGGAGUGGAACUGUCCUACGAACUUUAGGAGACAAUGGACAAGCGAGAAGAUCCAUGCAGAGUAAGGAAAGAGGACUAAGCACACAUGAACAAAGCUUCGUUACAUUCGUGACCAUCCAAUGUACUACAGUAUAGAGGAAUUGAAAUUAUAAGAAGAUUCUCCCCUUAAAAAACAUGGACGCUAGGACAACAUUUCCCAGUGUAAAAUACAUUAAUACCAAGGGGUGAUCAGGCUUUUCACAAUAACUCAUCUGUCUCAAAAAGCCCAAAAAAUUGAUUCAUCAGGCUAAUGAGUGAGUUUCAAUAGUUGACCUGAUACCUUCGCUCAUGAGAAAUAAGUUACAUUUUCAAGCUCAUGAUUGGAUUAUUUUGACACCAAACUUAAUCAUUGGUUAGUGAUUGUACAUGUAAUUUAUGAGUAUUUCUCAUUGUAAUUUUUUUCCUAUAUAGGCAUGCAGUUAUUACGUGAAAUUAACAUUGACAAGAUCUCUCCGUGGAAACCUAUCUUCAAAGCAAGGCAGAAUAAACUGCUCGCAUUGCAUUUCCCAGUAAAUAGAAUGUCAAGAUCCCAAAAGAGAAAUUUUGAUGAGUCAGAAGGACUUGAGUUCCGUAGGGUGGGUUAUGAAGUGUACGCAGAUGGCCUUACCAGGGUGUUACGGAUCUGUGAACAAGGUGAAAGUUACAAAGAAGAGGCAAUACUACAGCCACGUGCAAGUUUUCGUUUCAGGAUGGAACAUUUUGCUAUUAACUUGCUUGAGGAUGACAUUCAGGUUGGACAUCAACUUUUAUGUCACCUUGCUGUCAACAGUAUACAUUGGUGUUUGUUGCAAGGUCUUUUUAUUAUACACUGAACAAAAUGCUGUUCUCCACUAUUGACUCCUAAAUUUUUUAUGUUUUAUUGAACCUUUUCUACCCAAAUUUAAUCCCGCCACCAUUAUUUUCCAAAGAGAAUAAGUUAAUUAAAAUUAUUUUUAAUCAUUUUAUCUUCCAGGAAUAAGACCUUUUAUCUUUGGUAGAAUAUAACAUGAAAUUUAACUAGUUAAUUCCUAAUUUGGGUAGUUUUAGGCCAUCUGUCUAUUUGUUUUCGAUGGUAGCAAACAUGAAAUCCAUUAUAUCUUUUGUAAGCUUUAGAUCUUCUUUCAUCUUUCUAAGUUAGGAUCACGCAACAGAAAAAUCUGCAUUUUCUUUUCAUGCGCUUUGUUUAUGUCCACGUGUUGAUUCAGUAGCUUUCUUUUCUUCAUGUAGGAACAAGUUACAAGUCUACCCCAAACAGUUAUCGUCAUAAGGCUUGUGAAAUUUACUCUGUAUUCAUUGUCUACCGAUGCAGACACAUAUUUCUGUGCAAAAGUCGAGGUAUACCACAAGCUUCAAUCUAUGUUUACAUAUUUACAACUUAAUGACUAUUUUUUAUACAUCCAAUGGUUGAGUAGGCCACUUUGGGUCAUUUGUCACUUUUCUCUCUUUGGCAACCAGUCGAUAAAUGUGGGCAACAAAUGGCGAGGAGCUCCUUUUGCAUCAAUGAUCCGGAGGAGUCAAUUACAAGAUUCCUUAGUGAAUGAAGACAUGCUUCAUUGUUUUUGCAUUUUACAUUCCAGCAAUUCUAAUGUUAAGGAAGUAAAACGUUUAUCUCUUCUCUUACAGGUAAUCUUAAAUCUUUUAUUUCUGGAUUUAAGAUUUAAAUGUACAUGUCUUAUGCACGAAAACAUUAAAAUUCUUGCAGCUCUUGCCGAAAAUUUUGCCUCUGGAUGUUAGUUCUGUCCGAUUUGUGUCCGUGCUUGUAUAGAUGAAUUCCCAAAUUGAUGAAUAAAAGCGAUUGCACUAACGGGUAACAGGAAUGUAUUGACAGCCUUUUGAUUUGAACCUUGAUGAGGAGACUCUGAUGAAACUUGCUGCAUUUUGGAGAACAUCUCUCAGUGACUCAAAGAUGCAGAGUCAACUGUACUAUUUCAAGCAAUUUGAGAUCCACCCAUUCAAGGUGUCCUUGUCUAGCUUCUUGACCACUGUCAUUACCCUGACGAUAUUUUUCAGAAUUUCUAUCUUACUCUGUUCUAUGUGUUUAUACAGAUCAGAACAUGUUUUCUGCCUGGGAAUCCAUAUUCAAGUUAUAGCUCAGCGCAAGAAACGUUGAGAUCAUUAUUACACACAGUGAUAAAGGUAUCGGAGCAAAACUACUUUAUUGCUGCUAAUUGCUCUAUUGGUUUAACAUUUAUUCAGAUGAUGUCUUUGAUCUUUCUACAUUAUUGUAAUUUAUUGCGUCACGAUGAAUACUCGAAAUAUAUAUUCGAGACAUCUGCUAUCAAUUAUCUGAUGUGGAAAUAUUUUGAUCUAAAAAUUUUCAGGUGCCUGAGCUGAAAAAUACAGUUAUAGAGUUGAAUGGUGUCCUGCUUAAUCAUGCAUUGUUAACAAAAAGAGAAUUGCUGAUGAAAUGUGCCAAACAUUACUCUUGGUAGAAUCUCUAGUUCCUUUGAUUUUUUGUUGAUGUUAUGGUCAUGCAUGUCAAUAGCCUCAUCAACCGAAUUUUCAGGUAUGUUGUACGUGCUGUAUACAUUGCAAAAGGAAGCCCGUUGCUUCCUCCAGCCUUUGCAUCGAUAUUUGAUGAUUCUGCUUCAUCAUCCCUUGAUGUUUUCUUCGAUCCUUCCAGCGGUUCAAUCAAUCUUCCAGGAUUCACCUUAGGUUGGUUUAUUUCAACGUAUGCGAUUGUACUUAUCGAAUGUUUCUGUCAAAAUGAAGAAGACUGCAUCAGCCAGUUUUAAAACUUAUUUUGGUUUACCUUGUGAUGAUCGUGAUGAUCUUUGGAAUUUAUAAUACAUUGUCAAUCUAAAUUUGGGAAUAUGUCGCCCCAGACGAAUCACUUGAAGGAAGGUUUGAACACCUUUUUUGCAUGCUACCGCUGCUUGACGAAUAAUGUUUUUUGCACCAUUUAGAGGAUAUAAAAUAAAUUUGUGUUGAAAUUUAAAUGAAUCCAUCACGACAUGGUCAUUUAUCUUGUCCAAAAGGAAAUGCAAUUUCCCUUUGCCCAGAUUAUUUUUCUGCAUAAUUUUUUCAAAUCAUGGUGUUGAAAGUUGCUGCUAUGGUCAUGCAUUCCAAAAUAUAAAUGUACUGAUAGCGUAUGAAUCUUAUUUCAUGAUAUCUGAAAGGUCCACCCAGUUUUUCGAUGAUACCAACGAAUAUCUGUUGCAUUCGCAUUUAGGCAUGUUCAAGUUCGUCAACAAGUACGUCAAUUCCAAGGGAUUUUCGGGCACGAAGAGAUAUCUCGGCGACCUGAGCAUAACCGUAAGUUUUUUUUAUGUAUAUAUAUUUUUAAUUCCAGAAUUAGUGCUAUUCUUUUUGGAGGUUCAUCAGCUGUCAUGUGAAAAUUACUUGCAAGUGUUGACGUUGUUUAUCAUACAGAUGAAGAAGGCAGGUUCAAGUGUCCUCUUUGCUGCCAUUACCGAGAUUUCAGACAGCAUUUUGAAAGGAGCAGAAGCAGAUGGUUUCAAUGGUUUGGUACUGCCCUAACUCGUUGACUUUUUCACAUCUGAAGUAUUAUUGCUCUUUCCUGUAUUUUUUCGACUUAGACCUUAAGUUGUGCGCUGGGAUUCGACGGACCAACUUCUCUCCAUAAUCCUUUCUUUCUCCGGUCCAUAAAUCCCCUCCCGCCCAGGUGAAUGGCUUCCACCAAGGUAUGAUGAGAUUGGCUAUGGAGCCGUCGUUAUUAGGAGCGGCUGUCAUGCACGGCGGUCCUGAUCGAAAAAUUGUGCUUGAUCAGAGUCCUGGAGUCGACGAGGUGAAUCUUUCUUGCUUUGGUUGAGUUCUAAUACUUAUCGGUUUUAGUCCUCAUCUCUUAGGCAGUAUUCGUAUGAAAGACCAUGGAAGAUGGAGCAGCCACCCAUUCAUCGAUGAUUUCUUUGGAUUCGAAUGGAUGUCAAGAACAUAGCAAAAAUAUUUCAGUAAUCCAUCUCAGAUCAUUUUUCUGUGUUCUGCUGCAGCUGUACAUCGAAGGGUACUUACAGGCUAUGCUGCAUGUGACGUAUAACCAAGAAUAUCUCCAAGUGAAGGUGAUAGACAAUCUGGUGAGUAGCUCUCCUCUUUAAUAAUUCGGGAAAUAAUAUAUCUCUCGUGAUUCAGAUUUUACUUCAGAUAUCAUCUGCAACAUUGUUUUUUUCUACUUUCGUAUUUUGGAUAAAAUUUCGGAUAAAAUAUUAGCCAGCCUCUGUUGGGUCAAAGAUUCAGAGUUUACGUCUUCUAUCAUCUGCACAAUUUAGUUUUUUACUCUCUUAUUUUGGAUGAAAUAUUGGAUGAAAUAUUAGCCAGGCUCAGUUGGGUCAAAUAUUCAGAUUUUUUAUAAUAAAAAAUACAUCUGAUGAAAAUAUCACCUGCAACAUUUUUUUUUUAACUUUCUUAUUUUGGAUGAAAUUUUGGAUAAAAUAUUAGCCAGUCUCUGUUGGGUCAAAAUGCAGGAGUGAUCAUUGAAAGUAACCAAAGUCUUGACAGCUAUUAUAUUAGUACCAGGACCCUCCUGAAGAUCAUCCUUGCUAUUUCUUACCAGAAAAUCUAUCACGCAAGUACUCAUCACAGCCUGAUUUGGGAGGAUCUUGAUAUCUCUGACCACUCAUCCUUUACUUGAAUACUUGACCCAGUAAUAUCCACAACGGAAUAUGAUCUCUGCCCCCCUCUCUUCCCCCCUUCCUUUCCGUGGCCAUUUGCCCAGCUCUGGUUCUCAGAUCUGGGCAGAUACCUCUUCUCGCUGUAAGAGAACCAAAAGGAGAGUCUUUAUGGGCUUUGGACAGUGAGUGGGGAAUCUUGUGACAGAUCCCAUAGCACAUUCAGAGCACAGAAAAGAAGGGUAUCGAUGCCAUGGUGGAGCCGCUUCGGCGAUUAAGUCAACAUUACUCUUCAAGGAAAGCCCCAUAUAAAGAUUCCCAUUUGUUGACUUUCCCCUUUUUUUCUGUUCGUCGUGUGGUUCUGCUCCAUUUUUUCUCCCUUAUAUUCCUCAUAUCAGACAUUUCUACAACAAAAAAAGAAAUGGGUCGUAUCAUGCUCGAAAGAAAGCGGCGACCUUUAGUCUGUGGGCCAAGCCGGAUCUGACUCAGCGUUGACUUGGCGCCGACGGGUUCACAGUUCAUUCCCAACCUCCCACCCCAUCAUCAGCCUCCGUAUUUUUUCCCUGCUGCUGAUGGAGCUGCUCUCACCGGCCUCGAGAAGCUUCUGUCACCCUCUCAGAUCGAGCGUUGACUUUUUCCCCUGACCUUGUGACAGCUUUGCCUCAGGCGACUAAGAAAGGCCAUGAUGCCAUGCAGGUUCACCUGAAGAACCUGCCCCCAAACAGCGCUCUCAUUAACGAGAUCGUCGACAACGUGAAGAGCUUCCUCGUCUCCCAGGGCCUACUCAAAGGAGACUCCUCAGGCACCACCCGCCCUCUCCGCCAUCUCCGGGGCGAAACUGUAAGCACAGCCGCCUUCCACUAAUUCCCUUCUUAUUCUGAUGGUAAUAGAUAAAUUAGAUAAUACUUACAGUUAGUUAGUUAGCUAGAUAUGUUGAGAGGGCGUUGACUUUAUUCUAAUGUCGCCCAAGUACCACCCUUCGGUCCUCCAUUAAUUCCUAUUUUACUCUAGUGGUAAUAAAUAGACGAAAAAAUAUCUACAGAUGGAUAGCUAUCUAGAUAUGUUGGGAGGGCGUUGACUUUAUUCUGAUGUCGCACAAGUCCCUCCCCCCCCCUCUCCUACUCCAUUAAUUCCCAUUUUACUCUGGUGGUAAUAGAUAGAUGAAUGAAUAUUUACAGAUUGACAGUUACCUAGAUAUCUUGACUUUAGUCUGAUGUUGCAAGUACCCCCCCCCCCUUCCUCCAUUAAUAAUAUUCACAGUUCGAUAUGUCAGCUAGAUAUGUUUCUUGAAAAUAUUCUCUUGCUGGGCUUGGUUGGGAGGGCGUUGACUUUCGGCGGGGUGGUCUCCUGCAGGAAUGGAGCGUGGGACCGAUGGUGUUGACCCUCUGCGAGCACCUCUUCGUGAGCUUCGCCAUCCGCCUGCUGAGGGCCCGAGCAGACGAGCUCCUCCGGGUCGUCGCGGUCAAUGCGAGGAGGAAGACCGCCGCCGGGCCGCCAGAGCAUCCGCCGCCGUCAUCCUCCUCCCCGGGGCGGCGGCCGGGGAGGAUCUGGGCCGUCGGUAGCUUCGUCCUCUCCGGCCUGCUCGCCUACGUGGACGGCUGGCUGUGCCGCCGCAUCCCAAACCCGAUCGUCCGGCGGAUUGUCAGCGGUUUCUUCUUGACUUUCCUCGAGAAGAAGGAUAGAAGCUGA